AUGUCUCUUUUGAGAGGUGUGUGGCACUGUCACCGGCGAGAGGGAGAAGCAAAAGAGAGAAAGAAGAAAAGGAAGCAGAAGACGAAGCCAUCGACCGGGACUAGCAGUGACACUGACGUUGACAGUGACACUAGCACUGGCAUGGUCGUCAUUAUACGCACUCGCCUACUUGCUUCCGGGCUGCGGGUCCUUUGUCCGUCCUUGCACUGUACCUACCUUUGGUUCAACCGCACAGCACUGAGCAACCAUUCCGGCGCUCCUUCCUUCCUCUCACGGUGUCCCGGUUGUCCUCCUUCCCACAUGGUCCAGGCUACAGACCACUCAACUUCAAGGUACCCAGGCCAACCCUACAUUUCUUUACCUUACAUCCACCUCCAGAGGCAUUCAUCCGCAUCACAUCCUGGCAAGCCUCGGACGCACGCUGCUGCUGCUACUGCUCGAGCUACUGCACCCUCCUCCUCUUCCGGGUGUGUCGCUGUCUCCUCCGUCGACACCUGA